AAUAAUGUCAAACUAAAAACAACUGGCAGCAACAUCCUCUCAGCCCCUGGUAUAUAUACUCCACAUUCCAUCCACCAAAUCUAUAACUUCAUCUUCAUUCAUUCUGAGCACACUUCUUCUUCUAUCUCUUCUUCCUCUGUAAACCAAUUUCUAGAACCACUUCUCUAAUGGGGAACCACGUAUCAUGUACACUAACAGUCCAGACAGGAGGAAAACACAGCAUACCAAGUAACGAAGCAACAGUCAUACUACCAAAGGGAGUAAUCAGAAAAAUUGAAGGACCCUUUUUGACAAAAGCGGCAGAAAUCAUGUUUGAGAUACCAAAUCAUUUCUUAGUGAAUUCGAAAUCGUUGCGUAUUGGUUCAAGAUUUUCAGCUCUUAAUGCUGACGAAGAUUUGGAAAUGGGUAAUGUUUAUGUUUUGUUUCCGAUGAAAAGAGUUAAUUCUGUUGUUACAGCUUCAGAUAUGGGUUCAUUACUAUUGCUUGCUACUACUACUGCUGCUGCUGGGAAUAAGGGUAGAACAUCAGCAUCCGGUGGUGGGAACAAUAAAGUUAGAGUUUCUCCUGAGUCAAUAAUAGUACCACCUUCUGUUGCUGAUGAUGAUGAUGAUAAAGAUGAAGAAUUUAUUGAAGAUCAGGAUUCAUGGGUUGUUAUGAUUAGGAAUAUUAAAAGGGAUAAUUCUAAGAAACAGAGUGAUCAUGAUCAAAUACCAAGAUUGAGUUUAGAAGAUAUUGAUGAUAUUAUUCUUGCUGAUCUUCAACAUAGAAGAUCAGUUGGUAGAUCAAGAAAACCAUCACUUAGCACAAUCACUGAAGAACCUGUUUUUUCAAGAUGACAAUUUAUGAUGAUGAUCAAGAAGAAAAAAACAGAGGAAUUUGUUACUUGAUACUAUUCUUUUUUUUGAUUUCUCUGUUUUUUUUUUAUAAUUCUUUCUCUCAUUGAUCUAUUAAAUUUUUGAAAAGAUUGAGAGAAAUUCAAUGGAUUAUUAUCAUUAUUAUGAUUGUAAUAUUUUUUGGGUAGCGAUUGAAUAAUUUGUUAUGGUGUGGUGGUGAAGUAAUUUAUCACUUAAGAAGAAUUUGUUAUUAUAAAUAAAUAAAGAAUGAAAAAACAAGAAAUGAAAUGCGUUUUUUUUCUAA